CUUUGUUUCAGAUGGACCAUCUAAUGUAACGAAAAUGAAACCAGCCACUAGCAACAUCACCUCCAAAAACUGACAUCACAUAUAGAGACUGCGAACAGAAAUUCAAUUUUCCAAACCUGAAGAUGCCGUCAGUUGUAUCGAAAUUCCUAGAAAAAGGAGAACAGACAUUUCACGCAAAUAGGAAUGUCAUAUCAGGCGCUGUGAUAGCAACAGCUCUUUUCACAUAUGCCUAUAAAGUAGGGUAUCCUCUCAUAGAUUAUCUAAUACAUAAAUCUAAUAAGGAAAACCUAACCUUGAACAAUAAUCUAGUCAGUAAUGGUAUGAAACACCAGACUGGAAGUGUCAAGAAGAAAAAAUCUAUAGGACGGUUCAGGAAUGGUAUACCAAACUUGAAUCUAGCAUUUAUAUUACAAUUCAUAAAACUACUUAGGAUAAUGAUUCCGAAUUUGCUCAGUACAGAGAUAGCACUACUGGGAACGCAUACGACAUUCCUAUUUCUGAGAACUUUCUUGAGUAUAUAUGUUGCAAAUCUUGAAGGUACUAUCGUGAAAUACAUAGUGAGGAAGGAACCUAGGAAUUUCAUCAGGCAAUUAGGAACAUGGUUUGCUGUUGCUAUUCCAGCUACUUUCAUCAAUAGCAUGAUAAAGUACCUCGAGAGCAGGAUAGCAUUGAGCUUUCGCUCCCGCCUAGUGGACCAUUCAUACCGCCUCUACUUCCACAACCAGAGCUACUACAGAGUAACUGUUCUAGAUGGACGACUGGACAAUUGUUCCCAACGGUUGACAGAUGACAUUGAAACAGUCGCCAACACGGUGUCUCACCUCUACAGCCAAAUCACGAAGCCCUGCUUCGACAUCCUCCUCAUGGCUAUUGCCCUAGCGAACCUCGUCAAAUCCCGAAACUCAAACCUCAUAGUGGGUCCCGUGAUCAUCAGCGGCGUAGUGGUGAUUUCGGCUCUUAUCCUUCGGCUGGUGUCGCCCAAGUUCGGGCAGCUGGUGGCGCAAGAGGCCGAAAAAAAGGGCUAUCUGAGGCACGUGCACGCACGUAUCGUGAGCAACUCGGAGGAGAUCGCCUUCUACGGCGGGCACAAAGUGGAGCAGAGCCAUCUGCGGCAAGCUUACCGGUUGCUGGGAGAGCACUUGGAGCACAUGUUCGGAGUCAGGUUGUGGUUCGUUAUGUUGGAGCAGUUCUUGAUGAAAUAUGUUUGGUCGGGUACAGGUAUGAUUGUUGUUUCGUUGCCAAUCCUCCUAGCUACUACCAACAGAAGAGCUAAAAAAUCUACCAACCUGCUUGCUCUUCCUGAAACUUCUUCCCAUGGUACCAAAGAUGCUCAGUUCACCGAAGAUGCCACGGGUGAACACGAUGAUUCCGUCUCCGACAGGACCGAGUACUUCACGACAGCUAAGAACCUCCUUAUCACCGGUUCCAAUGCAGUUGAGAGACUCAUGAGCAGCUAUAAAGAUAUCGUCGAAUUGGCUGGCCAUACUGCUAGGGUGGCGAAUAUGUUCACUGUCCUAGAAGAAGCCAGUCAGGGGAUUUAUCACAAGACAUUGGUAGCUAAAAAGGAGAAGAGAGAAGAUUUUGAGAUUGAGUUCAGGGGAAAUCAACCACUGGCCAAAGGUAGGAUGAUCCAGUCAACAAAUAACGAGAUUAUUUUGCAUAAUGUUCCUAUCGUCACUCCAAACUGUGAUAUAGUAUGCCCUUCUCUGAGUCUUCACUUGGAGCCGGGACAACACUUGCUCAUCACAGGACCGAAUGGUUGUGGAAAGUCUAGUUUAUUCAGAAUAUUGAGUGGAUUGUGGCCUAUUUACGGAGGUGAAUUGUACACACCGAAAAAUGCCAUGUUUUAUAUUCCACAGAGGCCUUAUAUGGUGAUAGGUAAUUUAAGAGACCAAGUUAUUUAUCCUGACACCUAUGCUGACAUGAUCAACAAGCAGAUCACAGAAGAAGACUUGAGGAGAAUCAUGAGAUUGGUUCAUCUAGAUCACAUAGUAGAAAGAGAUACUUUCCAUGAAGUUAAAGAUUGGACCGAUAUUUUAUCAGGUGGUGAAAAACAGAGAAUGGCAGUCGCAAGGUUAUUCUAUCAUAGACCAAAAUAUGCCCUCCUGGACGAGUGCACAUCAGCAGUAUCCAUCGAUGUUGAGAGCCAUAUCUAUCAAAGUGCUAUCGACAUGGGGAUCACACUUCUAACUAUUACUCAUAGGCCCACCCUUUGGAAAUUCCAUACCCACAUCCUCCAAUUUGAUGGUACAGGCCUAUGGGAGUUCAACAGGUUGAACCACAUCAGUCGCUUGGACUUGAAAAAAGAAAAAGACGAACUAUUGAAAAAAGAAGACAGCAUAGACAGAACACAAAGACUAGAUGAACUAAAUAAAUUACUUGGUGAAGAGCUAUGAAUUUCCUGUAUGAUAUCUGUUUUUUAUUGUUAGGAAGUAACGUUCGGUGAUUAUUUUUUAGUCAGUUGUUAUUUGUUCGCAUCACGUCUACAAUCGUAAGCAAAUGUGAUUUUAUGUAUUACAUAUAUUUUUAUCAUGUAGCUUGUACUCAAUUGAAUUCCUCUGAGUGAAUCCUCAAGAAUACUAUUCGUGG